AAUAUUUGAAGACGAAAAAAAAGCUUAUCAGUUAGAAUACGUCUAUGACAAGAUGAUGUGUUUAUCGCAAGAUUUGAAACAAUAAAAAAUAAACAAAAAUCAGCUUGGCCACCAAUUCGACGUAAUUUCAUUCAAAUGCGAUUAAAUUUUGUUUGUGACAUUUGUUUUUAUAUAAUCCGUUCAGUGAGUGCGGACAGAUUUAGUUGCGUCUGAGAUUCAUAGCACGACACAUAUUGAGUGAUAAUUUCCAGUGAAAAGGAAAACAAAAAGUGGAAAAUGGCUCUUGUGUGUGUAUCGGAUUAUGAGAAAAAAGCGGCCGAAAUACUGCCAAAAAGUCCAUGGGAUUACUAUCGUAGCGGAUCGGGUGAUCAAAUCACGCUCAAACUUAAUGAAAGCGCAUUCAAUCGGCUUCGCAUUCGUCCGCGCGUUUUGAUCGAUGUGUCACGUCGUGAUACAAGAUGCAAUGUGCUUGGAUUCGAUCUUGAUUGUCCCGUUGCCAUUGCUCCAACGGCGAUGCAGAAAAUGGCACAUGCAGAAGGGGAAUUGGCAACGGCUAAAGGAACAAUCAACACAAUCUACACAAUGAGCACCCUGUCCACCAGUUCAAUCGAAGAAGUAGGCGAAGCAGCACCGGACACAAAUAAAUUUUAUCAAUUAUACAUUUACAAAGAUCGUGAACUGACGAAAAAUCUGGUGAGACGCGCUGAAAAAGCUGGUUUCAAAGCCUUAGUAUUGACGGUAGAUGCUCCCGUGUUCGGGCCACGACGAUGUGAUAUUAGAAAUAAAUUUGAACUUCCACAGCAUUUACGAUUGGCCAAUUUCACGGAUGAAAAAUUGAUUGUACAAAGUGCAGGUGGAUCAGGUAUCAAUGAAUAUGUGGCGAGUCAAUUUGAUCCAACACUUAAUUGGAAUGAUGUCGAAUGGCUUGUACGAUUUACCAAGUUGCCGGUCAUUUUGAAGGGGAUCAUAACACACGAAGAUGCAAGACUGGCACUUCAGACUGGCUGCAAAGGAAUCAUUGUGUCGAAUCAUGGGGCACGUCAAUUGGACACUGUUCCAGCCACCAUUGAAGCACUUCCGGAAAUUGUCAAAGCGAUCGGAUCGCAAAUGACUGUGAUGGUUGAUGGUGGCAUUCGUACGGGAACGGAUAUUUUUAAAGCGCUGGCGUUGGGAGCAAAGGCUGUUUUCGUGGGUCGUCCCGUUCUGUAUGGUUUAGCUGUGGAUGGUCAGAAUGGUGUCGAAAGUGUACUGAAAAUUCUUCAAAAUGAACUGGAUUCAGCGAUGGCCUUGGCCGGCGUCAAUAAAAUAACCGAAAUUAACGACAAGUUCAUUGCUCACGAAUCCACUUUUUGUCUAUCUAAACUCUAAUCUGCAAAAUGUUUUCGUUCUACCAAAUCUGUGUCAUUUAUUGUUAUUCCGAUGCAUUAAUGCAUUAAUUCAAAAUAAAAAAUAAAGUGCAAACUAUCCGAGAAUAGUGUC